GGAGGAGGGGGAGAAGAAGCGGGAGGAAAUGGAAGCAGUUGCUGGCAUCCAUGGCUCCUCUAUCCCUCUCUCUUCGUCACAGUCCUCUUUGUCGUCUCCUUUCUCCAGUACAUGCUCGUUUAUCCUCAGAAUCCCAAGAAAACCCACCACCAUCCCCAAGUCCCACAGAAGCGCUCGGAUUAUCGCGGCGACUAGGAGAAGCGGUUUGGCAGCCAUGGAAAACCAAAUGUCCGGCCCUCUUCAAGCCCUGGUGUCGGUCUUCCGCAGCAGUGGCGUCUUCCUGACGACCACCAUCGUCUUCCUUGGCUGCCUCUGCUCCCCUUCUGCCGCAAACACGCUCCCUUCUGCCACCCCGGCUGUCGCAGAAGCUGCGGAGAACGAGACGGCGGAGGAGAAGGAGAGGUUUGUGGAGGAGUACCUAGAGGCGAACCCCGAUGAUGUCGAUGCCCUCAAGGCACUUCUGGAGGUGAAAGUCGAGGCUGCAAAUCUGCUGGAGGCGAUAUCGGCCGUCGAUCGCCUCGCCGCCGUCGAGCCGGCUGAGAAGAGAUGGCCAUUGACGCGAGCUCAGCUCCUGAACCGUGUGGGCGACGUCGAGGCAGCGGUGCAGGGGUUCGAGGAGAUCCUCGCCGAAGAGCCCCUCUCCGUCGAGGCCUACCAGGGACUGGUGAGUAUCGCCGCCUCGCAAUCGCAGUCGUUUGAGGAAUUGGACACUAUCUCGAGGAGAAUAGAAUCGGCCAUGGCACGGUGCCGGAAGGAGAAGAGGAAGGAAGAAAUUCGCGAUUUUCGGUUGCUCAUGGCGCAAAUUAAGGUAAUCAGGGGCCAGUAUGAUGAAGCAUUAAAGGUUUACCAGGAGCUCGUGAAGGAGGAGCCCAGGGAUUUCAGGCCCUAUCUUUGUCAAGGCGUCCUUUACACGCUUAUGAGGAAGAAGGUUGACGCAGAGAAGCAAUUUGAGAAGUGCCGGCGACUCGUUCCCAGGGGUCAUCCUUAUACCAGAGUCUUCGGUGACAAUGUACUGUCGACCAACGUUUUCUCUCGACUGUCUGAGAAGCAGGGUGCCAGGAGAUGACAAUGGUUGAGCUUGGGUGGUACCUACAUUUUCUUCGAGAUGUGUUCGUGCCUCGCCGUGAUAGGCCCUCAAUAUAGCUUGCAGCUUUACGGUAUUAAUUUCCUGUGAAGCGGUUUCUGUUAGCAGUUUCAAUUUUGUGACUUGUCUACUGGUUGGCUGUCAAAGACUGAAGGGGAGCUUGAUCCGGUUAGGGCUUCUCCAGGGCAGUCAUCUUCUUCCCUCAAUUCAGAGUUUUUAUGGCAAAAAUGCUUGGAGAUUUAAAGUUAAUUUCUGCGUUUUGCCCUUUUUAAUGAUGAAAUAGCCCAUUAGUACGUGCGUA